UUAUUAUUCCCUAAAUUGAGAAUUCAGGGUAUCGUGUAAUUUUUCCUUAGGGCGGAAAAAGUGAAAAUUCCAAAAGUUUUCAAGUUAGGGAAUUUCUACUUUUUACCAGUUCACGCUAGAGAAAAUUUAUGAUCAACUUCCAAGGAACCUUCUUCUCCAGCGUGAACUCGUGAAAAGUGUCAAUUUUCUGAUUUGAAAAUAUUUUCACGUUUCCACCCUGAGUAAACGUUAAAUGAUCGAUAUCCAUGAUUUUUAAUGUUACAUAUAUACGCAUAAGAUUGGAAAUUCAAUAUUCUAGCUUCGCCUGCAAGUUUUUCUUUAACCUGUUAAUCGGGGGAAUAAAUUUUUUUUGUUUGCGUUCAAAAUAUUACGGCAAAUUUCCAUGACGAAAAAUGUCAUGCCAAUUGCAGCAGUAGUUCGUGUAUGACGAAAUAUUUCGUCAUACCCAGUAUUCGAAUAUACAUCGAAGGUGUAGAGGUAUAUCGAAGUGAACUUUCAAAUGGUCGAGCGGACUGCCACUUGAAAUGGUGCAAAUGAGCGAAAUAUUUCGUCAUACCCAAUUAAGAGGUUAAAAUGUAAAUUUAUAUUUCCACCAUUUCAAGUGGCAGUCCGCUCGACCACUUGAAAGUUCACUUCGAUAUACCCCUACACCUUCGAUCAGUGAUGUCACGUCUCAAGAUUCUCGCGCGUGCGCACUGGCAUGACAUUCUUAUCUUUCACAAUUCGCCGCGAUAUCAUUGUUUAGUUGUUCGCGCGCUUUCAUAUUGUUCACACUUCGAAUGCUUUGACCGAAUAUUAACUCAGAGUUCUAUCUUUUUAAGCGACUUCUAGUUCCGAACUUUCACGAGUCAUAUUCAUUCGAAUUUACAAAUCUUCAAUAUGGUCGAUUUCGAACAUCGCGAGGGCCGAAGCUCUUACGUUUUGCCGGUGCUCGUGAGUGCCUGCGCUCUUCCAAUCUCGAUGCUCUUCUGGAUAGUGAAUGUAACUUACUCGACAUUGUCGCCCGAGUCUUCUAAUUUCACGGAAGGAUAUCCAGUGAUCUCACCGUGGAGAUGGUUAGCCGCGAUCGUAAUACCGGUUUUGUUGUUGGUUUGGGGUUUACGCAAAGGAUAUGUGGCCAUCAGCGGUGCAAUUUCCGGCUCUCUCCUGGGUUUUAUACUAACGCUCACGAAUUUUGCCCAUUUAAUGGCCCUCUUGACGUUUUUCGUAACUGGGUCCAAAGCUACGAAAUUUCGUUCGGCACAGAAGAAAAAAAUUGAAGUUAAUUUCAAGGAAGGAGGUCAACGGGGUUGGGUACAGGUGUUGUGUAACGGCGGGAUGGCUGCACAAUUGGGUAUAUUAUAUCUGUUGGAUGUUGGAUGUGGAGAACGACCCGUCGAUUUCGAUAAAUAUUAUCGAAGUUCAUGGUUAUCCAUUGGGAUAUUAGGAGCAUUCGCUUGUUGUUGCGGCGACACGUGGGCUUCAGAAUUGGGUAUGGUGAUCGGCACGGGUGACAAUUUCCUCAUUACUACGAGAAAAAGGGUGCCAAGAGGAACGAACGGCGGUGUAUCGUGGGUAGGUUUCUUGUGUUCCUUCCUUGGUGGCUUAGUAGUUGGCCUUGUCUACUAUAUCACAGUGUUAAAUACCGUCGAUACGGCUAUGCUACAACUAGCAGCACCACAGUGGCCCAUUGUAAUUAUUGGAGGCUUCAGUGGCUUAUUUGGCAGCAUUCUGGAUUCCAUCUUCGGCGCGACGCUCCAAUACUCUGGAGUAAACGAGGACGGUCUUAUAGUGGGGCGGCCGGCGAAAGGUGUAAAACAUAUUUGCGGUAAACAGAUUCUAGAUAAUCACUGCGUAAAUCUUCUGUCUAGCAUCGUUAUCGCUCUCACUUUUCCGAAAUUAGCGAAUAUCUUCUGGCCGUAAGUGAAACUUGUUUAGAAUAGAAUUUAUCAUUGCGUCCACAUCUUAUUUAUCCUAACUGUUAUUACGCAUCUUUAUACGUUAUUUUAAUGAGGGAUGUAUUACUUUGGAUACUAAUAUUAAUGUUAUGUAUUAAGGUAUUAAAAUAUUAAACUCAUAAUAUAAUGUAUUA